AUGGAUUUCUUAGUAGUAGUAGGUUUGCUUUCAUUUUUUGUUCUUCUUGGUGGGGUAUUUGCACAGAGCAAUUACAGUGAUAGUUAUUAUAGUGAUUCUGAUUCUAGUUUCGAUCAAAACUAUUACAUUACAUGGGGAAACGAUCAUGUUCGAUCCCUAAAUGAAGGAAGAGAAAUUCAGCUCUCUAUGGAUAGAUCUUCUGGUUCUGGUUUUGGAUCGAAGCUAAACUAUGGUUCAGGAUUCUUUCAUUCGAGGCUGAAGAUACCGGGCAAAGAUUCUGCAGGAGUUAUAACAGCUUUCUAUCUAAGUUCACAAGAUAAUUAUGGGCACGAUGAACUUGACUUGGAAUUCCUGGGCAACACAGAGGGGAAACCAAUUACCUUACAAACAAACGUGUUUGUUGAUGGUGUAGGAGGUAGAGAACAAAGAAUUUACCUCUGGUUUGACCCAACAUCUAAUUUUCAUACUUAUAAAAUUCUUUGGAACCCAUUUCAGAUUGUAUUUUAUGUGGAGGACAUUCCCAUUAGAGUGUUGAAGAAUAAUAGAAAUGUUGGAAUAGGGUACCCAUCACAUCCAAUGCAAAUGCAAGCAAGCUUGUGGAAUGGAGAUUGGGCAACAGACGGAGGCAGAACGAAGAUUAACUGGGCAUUCGCACCAUUCAAAGCUAACUUCCAAGAAUUUGACAUUAGUGGUUGCCCAUCUCAAACCUCAAACAUUGAUCCAGAAUGUUAUUCUUCCAAUUAUUGGUGGAAUACAAAUGAAUAUUGGAAUCUAAACUCUACCCAACAAAGGCAGUAUGAGAAAGUGAGAAAGAAUUAUAUGUAUUAUGAUUAUUGUACUGAUAGAGAUAGAUAUCCUACACCUCCCCCAGAGUGCUUUUAUGUGUAA